AAAAAAAAAAAAAUUUAGAAAGACAAGCAUGACAAACAAGAAACCUAAAAGAAAAAGGAAAAGAAAAACGGCUGCUGCAACGGGUAAAAGCCUACGACCGAAAAGGUUAGCCCCUAUAACCGAGUCUAGACUGGAGGGGUAUUUGACAUGUCUUGGCAUUCUCUAUCUCUUAGUACUAGUGGCACUUAUAGUUACUGAUAAUAGAACAACAAUAAAGCGGUGUCACUUAUGGUAUUGAAACAUGAUGACAUGAUCAGAAGCAUCUACUGGUGUCAAAGGGAAGAUAUUCUAAGAAAAAUGGGUGGCCGUGCAAGACUUGGUUUUAACUCUUGGUAGACUUGGAAAACGGAUGGCACGCUCAAUGCAGACAGUACAUCGAUCCCGGAUCUUGACAGCUGCGGAACAACAAGAAAUUUUUUACCUAAAAAAUAAACAACAAUAAUCAAACACCGAGA